CGGAUAAGAGACUCUCACUAGCAGCAGUAGCAGUAGCAGCAGCAGCAGCAGCGAUUCUAAGAUUGGAUUGUUCAUGUGGUGCGUUUGACGAAGAUAUUUUUUCUCUGUACAAUAGCGAGCCAAACGAGAAAAAGGGAAAAACGGCGAAAAGAUAUCAGCUUUUCCUUGCAGUUGUUUAUCUAAAUCUAAGCCAACAGCAGCUAGUGUGUGGUUCAGAAUAGCCCGAUAGUUUUUCGGCUGUAGCUCUCGCGAGUGGGAAGCAGUGGUGCGCCGGGAAGUUGAAAUUCGAAGGGGGACGAUGGUGAAGCAUUAGUGAAAAUCAUGAGAAAUCGAGAGAAGCAUAGAGCAUAGCUUGCAGUGAAUGUCGUGUGAUGAAGAGGAAAAAGGAGAAAAGCGAUGAAAUCUUAGUGUUCUUUAGGUUGUUACAUAUUUGUUAAUGUGCUGAAUAGGAGAUUUUUGGCUCUUGUACACUGCCUAGCGACAAUUCUCAUAACAGGUAACCAGCAAAGUGUGUUCAUUGAGUAAAUAAGUUAAACCCAAAUUUGGACGGCGAAAUAGCAGCUUCGACGAGGAAAAUAUUUCUGAUAGCCAAGUAAAUGCUCCAAGUAAAAUAGAAUAGAAAUUUUCGAGUAUUAUUGAUUGCGAAUGUUGUUCAACUACACUGCCAUUUCUAACCAACGUGAGAGUGUAUGUGUGUGUGUGAGAAUACAGUUCUUGUGUGUCUUCUAAAAGUGAAGUCGUGUUUGUUCUACACGGCGGCCAUCCAUCGCAUUGGUACAGCUUGCCAGCUAGCCUGCCAUCGCUAGAAGCAUCAGACUCACCGUCAUACAGCGAAACCGAGAAUCAUCGGAGAAUGGAAUAAAAGUGCAUGUGCUUGAAAGAGAAAAGGAGAGUGACCCGAGCCCAGGGUUGUACCGGAAGUUGUUGAGAAUCGCGCAUCGAGGAGGAAGUUUCACAGAGAUGAUUUGUUUCCUUGUGUGUGGAUAGAAAAAAAAAGUGUUGAUACUUACUGCCAAUAAGCAACCGUAUCUCUAGAAGCCGAUUUUUUUUUAGUGAAACCAAUAGUGAGAACUAAUUCAAAGCUGCCAUUUAAUGUUACGAAUCGAACACUAGUUUUUAACCGAGAAGGGAUUUAGCCAAACUUCCGAGCUUCAUUUCAACGAAUCUGUUAAGGUCGAUAAAAUCAUUCCAACAAUUGCUGUACGUCUGUCCGGACUUUACGCGUGCCAAUGAGGUUCACCUGCGUCUUGGGCUUAUGCUCAAAGUGAAUGGAGACUACGAACGUUCGCUGAAGCACCUGCAGCUCGCCUAUUCGGACUCGUCGCCGUGUACGUUCGGCAAGCUUGAAAUUCGCUUUCACAUCGCACAUCUGUAUGAGGUCCAGAACAAGUUCAAAGCUGCAAAAGAAGCCUACGAGCAGCUCCUUGCGGAUAAACAGCUGACAUCAGCGCUGAAGGCUGAUAUUUGCCGCCAGCUCGGAUGGCUCUAUCACAGCGUAGAGACACUCGGCGAUAAAGCACAACGCGAGCGUUUUGCUAUUCAUUGUUUGCAAAAAUCGAUCGAAGCGGAACCCAAGUCGGGCCAGACACUGUACCUGCUGGGACGGUGCUUUGCGGGAAUUAACAAGGUGCACGACGCUUUCAUCGCCUAUCGUAACUCGGUCGAAAAGAGCGAAGGAAACGCAGACACAUGGUGCUCCAUCGGAGUACUCUACCAGCAGCAGAACCAGCCUAUGGAUGCGUUGCAAGCCUACAUAUGUGCUGUGCAACUAGAUAAAUCCCAUUCGGCUGCUUGGACUAAUCUAGGUAUUUUAUACGAAAGCUGUAAUCAACCACGGGACGCUUAUGCCUGCUAUUUAAACGCCACAAAGAAUUCGGACGGACAGCAAUCGACCGUAGUGUCAGCCUUAACCACUGCCAGCAGUGCCAGUGUAACGAAUGUAACAGGAACUGCCGUAACGUCAGGAAACACCUCCAAUACAAACAUAGCUUCCACGAGUUCAUCCAGCACAGGAGCAGCAGCAGCAGCGUCAAUCACAACAACAGCACGCACUGGAACCAACGUCGGCGAUUCUACGAUUUCCACUGCCGGAUCCGUUAAGCCCCAGAACCUGGCUCAGAGGAUUAAGUUUCUGCAGCAGCAUCUGGCACACGCACCUAUGCCUAGUAUCACCUCCAAACGGCGGCAACUACCGUCGAUAGAGGAAGCGUGGAAUUUGCCAAUCUCAAACGAAAUGAGCUCUCGUCAACAGCAGCAAACGGCCGCAGCUCAGGCUCAGCAGCGGCAGUAUCAGAAAGGAUUCGUACAGGGUAAUCAGGCCCAAUUUCAAGGUAACAACCCGGCGGCGGCCAGCAAACGUUUCAAGCAGGAGGAUGGUCAAGUGGUACGCCCCGGCCAGGUGCCGAAUUUCUAUCUUAACCAGCAGCAACUGUCGAUGCUGCAAUAUAUGCAACAGAAUCAAGCCAGUUUAACCGCUCAGCAGCAAAAUUUGCUGCAACAGUAUGCCCAUCAGUACCGACUGAUGCAGCAACAUCAACAGCAGCUUCGUAUGCAGCAACAACAGCAACGGAAUCAGCAAAUUCAGCAGCAGCAACAGCAGCAACAACAGCAGCAGCAGGGUGGAGCAGCCACGUUCCAGGGUCAGCCAGUGACGGGCGGUUCCUAUGGACCGCAGACCCAGUCCCCGCAACACGGACAGUUGUUAGGUGGAAAUGGUAGCUUUGCUGUAGCUGGACAAACUUUCAAAACAAGCACUGGAGCAUACGCUGGUGUUGGCAGUUUCCAGAACCAGUCGAAUACCGCUGCCUUCACUCAGUUGGGGGGUGCCAAUCAGGCGGAUCUUGAUCAAGAAUUGCAAGCCCUUCUAUCGUCGAAGGAUGAUACUGCCACCUUUGCUGAGACACUUCUGAAACAGUUCGGUUCCGAUGAUUUGGACAUUAAGGACAUCAAGCAAAUUGAUCAGCACGGUCAAAACAGUGUUGCACUUGUUGAUCCAAGCACCGGUCGACCGGAUAGCGAAAAGUCACCUACAAUCAAGGCGGAAGCCGCUGGUGGUGGGGCAACUCCUGCAGCAAGUUCGGCCGCCGCAGCAAAGCGGCACCUAUUGGCAAAACAUGACAUCAAGCUAGAGCCGGUAAUAAAGAUCGAAAAACUUUCCGAGCCAACCCUAAAGCCGGGUUUCAGCAUCGAAAUGACGGCAAAGGAGCUUCUGCAGGCGGUCAAAAAAUCCGAUCUCAAAGACGUUCCGGCUAUCUGUUCGACGAUGAUGAUAGAUUCGCCCCCUCCCGCGCCGCCAGAAUGCCCACCACAGCGAUUAACCCGCGAACAGUUGCAACCUCCCACACCGUCGGUUUUUCUCGAGAACAAAAAACACGCGUACAGUCCACAGUUGCAGGAAUUUUGCCUGAAGCACCCCAUUGCGGUGGUGCGACAGUUAGGAGCCGCCCUCAAGCUCGAUUUGGGACUGUUUUCCACCAAAACGCUGGUCGAAGCUAAUCCCGAUCACAGUAUAGAGGUGCGAACGCAGGUGCACCAAUCGGCCGACGAGAACUGGGACCAGUCGAUGAAGUCUAAGGUGUGGGCGUGCAUUUCGCAUCGAUCGCACACGACCAUCGCCAAGUACGCGCAGUAUCAGGCGUCGAGCUUUUCCGAUAAGAUCAAGGAGGAACGUGACAAACUGGCUGGUGUUCCGCUUACCAACUCUGAUUCGGACUCGAAAGAUUCGAUAAACAACAGCAGUGGGGCUGGUUCCAACAAUGGCAGGCGAAAGCGGUGCAAAAAUGGCAACAAGAUGCUGCGAUUUGGCACAAACGUUGAUCUGUCGGACGAGCGGAAGUGGAAAACGCAACUGACGGAGCUGCAAAAGUUGCCACCAUUUGCCCGGGUUGUGUCGGCCGCCAAUAUGCUGUCCCACGUCGGUCAUAUGAUCUUGGGCAUGAAUACGGUGCAGUUGUACAUGAAAGUGCCGGGCAGUCGGACGCCGGGGCACCAGGAGAAUAAUAAUUUCUGCUCGAUUAACAUCAACAUUGGACCGGGAGAUUGCGAGUGGUUUGCGACGCCCGACUCCUACUGGGGCGGCAUUCAGGCACUUUGCGAAAAGAACAAUAUCAACUAUCUGCACGGAUCGUGGUGGCCUGCGUUGGAAGAUUUGUACGCGGAGAAUAUUCCGGUGUAUCGGUUCACGCAACGGCCCGGUGACCUGGUGUGGGUUAAUGCUGGAUGUGUGCACUGGGUGCAAGCGAUAGGAUGGUGCAACAACAUAGCUUGGAAUGUGGGGCCCCUCACGGCGCGACAGUAUCAGCUGGCGGUCGAACGGUACGAGUGGAACAAACUGGAAAACUACAAGAGCAUCGUACCGAUGGUACAUCUCAGCUGGAACCUUGCCCGCAAUAUUAAAGUUUCUGACACAAAACUCUUCGAAUUAGUCAGAACCUGUCUCAUGCAAACCAUGAAGCACUGUAUGCAAGUACUGGAGUAUGUGAAAUCGAAAGGCAUUGAAGUUCGAUUCCACGGACGAGGAAAGAAUGAGGCAUCCCACUAUUGCGGGCAAUGUGAAGUGGAAGUCUUCAACAUUUUGUUCAUUCGGGAGCAGGAAAAGCGUCACGUUGUGCACUGUAUGGGUUGCGCACGGAAGCAGGCACCGACGCUGCAAGGUUUCGUCUGUCUCGAGGAGUACAAACUGGCUGAACUGAUGCAGGUGUACGAUGCUUUCGUACUGCACCAGCCGCCUCCGUUAUCCAUUCAACCACCGUCAGUACCGGCACCUUCGCAAUCGCCUCAGCAGCCCAUUUCACUGCCGCUGGUACCUGCUGGUCAGCAACAACAACCAUCAUCACUCGCAGCAUCCUCGUCAACCAUUACCAUCAGUUCGUCUUCGUCCAGCUCGUCGAUCGGUGCUGUACCGAGCAUUCUACCCUCGGGUAGCAAUAGCAGUAGUAACGGCGCCAGCGGUGGAACGAUCGCAACUCCGAUACAGUUGUCGUGAAACCUCGAGGGAGAGUAUCAGCAGCAGCAGCAGCAGCUGAUGGUGAAAGAUGACGACUAAGAUCAAGGUUUGUUCGUUUAUACGGUUCAAGAGUUUAUUUAAAAUCCUAUUUCGUUCAGUUUAGUUCAAUUUUUUGACAUUUUAUUUUGAGACAGAGUAGUGUCUCAACGGAAAAGACUUAACUGAUCCAUCCCAAACAUUGAAGAGAUAGAAAGUCGAACUUUUUUGUGAAUAUUUCUUUAUUGUACAUAUUCAAAGUGUCGAAAGGGUAAAACUAGGAAUAAAACGGGGGCUUCGAUCUGCUGAUCUCGAAUAAAAUACACGUAAUUAUUUAUGCAACUAAUCACUGCUUUACUAGCUGUACAUUGUUUCGCGACGAACCGUCGCGAAAGGAUAAAUAUUUAAUUCAUAUAGAACAUGCAGACGAAGCGAUCACGUUUCUUUAACUAUAAGUAGUUUAAUUUAUUUCGAUAGCAGAGUUAGGGAAGUGCAAAGAUUUCAUGAGUUCUCACUUCCCGAAUCUCGUCGAUAUCUUGUCGUAUAAUUCCGCGUUGUUGGUCUGUUCGUCGUUGUCGACCCGAAACGAAAUGAUCCACUUUUUGUUUGCUUAAGUAAGAACAAGAAAAACAAACCAAACAGCAAACCCGACCGUAGAAUCGAACAAUGCAAGCAACAAAAGAAAAAAAACAGAAAAUCAAUAGUUUUUACACUCAAAACAAAAACAUAGUAGCAUCCGUAACGAGCAAAACAAAAUGAAAAACUCAGGAAAACUUACGAAAAACGUUUAAAGAAAUUAGCGAAUCAGAAACAUAAAAAAAAGUAAGUUAACAUUUUUGAAGUGACAAAUUCAUUGAAUCAUACAUUACGCACUAUUUCGCAGUAGACACACUCGGAACCGGGAAAGCGGUUGGGGGAAACCCCACCAGUCGAAGAAAAUAUCCCAUAUAUUUUUCUAUCUCAGCAAACAAACAGAGCAAAAAUUUUCAGCUACAUUUUAUAAGAGAAAAAAUUAAACGCGUACAUAAUAACAACUACCAAAUAGAAAUAAAGACGAAAAAUGUUCAGCAUUAUAAAACAAAAUAUGUGUUUAGGAUGGAGUUCUGUUGUAAUUAUGACAGGCGGGCGCGCGCGCUAGGUAGUUGCGAUAAAACGGAGUUUAGAAGAAGGUGUUUGAGCAUAGGUUGUACGUACAUACGUUGAUUGAUGUCAGUCAAGCGGCUUCAGUCGAAUUUAGCUUACAUUUCGUGGGGAAUUUUGACGGACAGAUGGACGUAUUUUGCUUAACAAAAUAACUACUGACACAACCUGAAUUUUAACCAAAAGGUAAAAAAUGUCGUCAAAUGGUUCAUAGCCUAAGCCUCAGGUUUCCACAGCGAUGAUGCGAAUUAAAAACUCCACGACAACAUAAACAACUACUCACGACACUGACUUUAAUGA